UUAUGGUAGGUCACUAUCAAAACGAGGUGAGUGUGAAAAUAAUAAAUACAGAAGAGGGGAGAAAAUUCAAGCUGGUUUAGGUAAGUGUGCGUCUUUAACAUUAGAAACGGAUUUCCUUAUACUUGCCUAACGUCAAAGUACGAUUUUGAGGACAGUGACAUUGUUAGUUUGUUCGAAAAAGCCAGUAAGGUUCUGAUGAUGAAUGGAGUUAGCGAAAACAAAGUAGACCCGGUCCCACGGAUGCAGCUUUUUAAUUGCAUGCACGCGGAUUGUGGAGCUACUUUCACUCGUCAGUGGCGUUUAAAGGAACACGAGACCACGCAUACUGGUGCGAGACCAGUGCAAUGUAAGGUGGCAGGUUGCGGACGAAGUUUCUCGCGCGCAUCUCACCUGAAACACCAUGCUCUUCAACACGGCGGAGUGAAAAAGUUCAAGUGUGGUGUUACUACCUGUGGAAAGGGUUUCCUCUUCUCAGACAAACUGAAAAGGCACCUUCGGUGUGCGCAUGGUCAGAAGGAUAAGUACUUCAAGUGCAACCUUGCGGGAUGCACGAUGACCUUCCUUAAACGUCGUGCUCUCAAACUUCACCUGAACACGCACGGAAUGAUUUCAUUUAAGUGUUCCAAGGACGGGUGCCUGAUGAAAUUUUCUUCCCAUAUAGCCCGUAAGGCUCACGAAAGAACACAUGCAGGUUACACCUGCCCCAAAUCUGACUGUGAAGUGACACAGAAGACAUGGGGGAAGAUGCUUAAACACAUGGCCGGACACCAAGUGGUGUUGCCGUGCCCCGUGUGCAAGAAGCAGUUCAAGAAGCGUGACUCCCUGCGCCGCCACAAGCGCACGCAUGCGCUGCAGAAGCCCGUGCUGCUGUGUCCGCAGCAGGGCUGCCAGGCGUACUUCUCCACCACCUUCAACCUGCAGCACCACAUCCGCAAGCAGCACCUGCAGCUGCUACGCCACCACUGCUCCUUCCCUGACUGCGACCGAGCUUUCGCCAUGCGGGAGAGUCUGACGCGACACUUGCUCCACCAUGACCCAGAUGUUGCCAGGCUCAAGCGGCGGCAGCGGCGCUCCAGUAAGAGCUGGCAGAAGCGCCUGGACGGCCAUGGGCAGCAUGCCCUGGUGGAAGAGGACCUGCGUGGCCUGUUCGCCCUGCGCAUGCGCUUCUGUCGCCGUGCCAAGCUGGAGGCCAACCUCUCGGGCCUCUUCAACGAGCGCAAGGUGCCACACCGCAUCGAUCCAGAGACCAACCUGCGCGACCUCUUCAGCCUGAAGCCCCCACGCAGUGUGGAGGUCUCUGUUGAAGACAAGCAGGGCUGAUCUGGUGCCUUAUUCAUAAUUUAUUUAAAUUGUUUUUUGUUUUAUUUUAGUUUGCCUUAAAACACCUGUGAUGGAGUAAUGUAAAUAUGUCUUUUUGUUCUUAAUAUGCCAAAUGUGGCUUUCUAUAUUUUGUGAAAUGUGGCUCUGUCAAAGCUUGUGUAAUUGACUUGAUAUUUUUGUCGACUUCAGUUUUUGAAAGUGUUACGACUUGUAAUUCAUUGUUUUAUUUCAGUAUAAAAGUGUAAAUUUAUGUUCUGGAAUGUAAUAUUGGCAACUCAUUCCAGUUUCCUUUGUCAAAAGACUUGGUUGUAAAUAUACAUGUAGUAUACAUUUCAGUUGCUUGUUCUUGAGCCAAUCUAAUAAAAUAACCAGUGGAACUGCU